AUGCCACCAAUAUUUCAAAGAUUCCGCAAAGUCCUCUCUCGCCGGGGCAAAAGAGCCCCAUUUUCCGUUGAACCAAAAGAGUCCAUAUGGAAACGGCUUCCCGACCAUGUGUUGGUCAGAUUAGUCUCGUUAUGUGAGCUAAAUGAUAUUAUCUCGUUGGCUUUGACAUGCCGAUUACUGCAUCGCCGUGUUUUCCACAACGAAAUCGCAAUAUCACAUUCCUUUAUCAAUCUUCGACGAAAAGGAGAUCAAGAACCUGCAGAUUGUUUCGACCGCUCACCGGGUGAUGAUCUGACCUUCAUAUCGGAACUAUUCCCGCCACCCCCGCCUCAGUAUGCCGUCGGCGACGGACAUGUUGAUGCCGAUUACUCGUUUGCGUACUUGGUUGAUCUCAAACGAUGUUGGACAACGUGUAUUCAACUCUCGUAUCAUUUGGCCGAUCAUGCAGUUCGGUACCAUCUGGAUACUGACCCUAUUGCGCAACCACUAUGGACUUCUUCAAAGACAGAAAAGGAGGUUGUCUACAGCAAAGCUGUCGCAGCACUUCAUGUGAGGCUGCUUUACCCAAUGGCGUAUGCCAUAUUAUUUCUGGAGUCCUGUGUAGUAGAUGGUUCGGACUCGGACUCCUCUAUCCACUUAGCAAAUAUCUUCAAAUUGACGGAUGAUCAGCAGUCUAUUCUUCAAGAUGUGCCUUUUACGAGUUCCCAUAUCCUUAUAUCGACUCAACACUGUCUAGAGCUUCUUUGUUCAACUGUCCGACGACUAAUGCACCCCGAGUUUCCUAGUUCAACUUCGGAAAGCUGGGUCAGUCUACUUCUGAUGACAUCAACUCUCGAGCGCAUUCUUCAAUUUUUCGUUUCUGUUGCUAAAGAUGAGGAGAAAGGACAUUCAUCAUCUCACACUACAAGCUGGUCUCAUCGCAAGGAGUUCAUGUGGCGUAUGCGUGAAGACUUGGGCCACUAUGUGGCUGCUUCCAACCACGACCCCAACCAAACAUUCACUGAACCUCCAGGUCUUGAUAAAGUCUGGUUUGAGGCUUGUCGCCAGGAGUUGUUCCGGCGAGGGGCCAUCCCGCAUACAGCUGAGGAGCCUGUUCCAGUUCUUCAUGGCUCAUCAGUAGCACUAACUUGCAAAUAUUGUGACAUAGAAGAGUAG